AUGAGUACCGCUCUGUACGUCGACGCCGGCAUUCAGGCAUCCAAGUACUGCAAUGUCGGAACAUUUGCUGUUUUAGUUUUUGAUUACUGCGUUACUCUAGAGGCAGAGUCGCAGUGGAUCUGGCACCGGAAAUGGACGUUUGUGCGAUUGAUAUUCACCAUAUCGUGGUACUUGCCAUUUUUUGGCAUUGGGAUGACGUUCGCGGGUGAGCUAGUCUUGAUGGUUGACCGGCUUUUCACAAAAGUUGCUCAUGGCCGACGCGCAGCUACGCUUCGAACUCAAUACUAUCCUGGUGAAAAUUGUGCUGAGUAUGGAACAGCAUCCAAUGUGUUGCACAUUCUGUCCGUUGUAGCCGCAGAAGGAUUGCUAAUAACGAGGAUUUAUGCAUCAUGGAACAGUAAGCGUCUUUUGACAUCCUUACUAGCCUUUUCUGUGAUUUGUGUGGUCACUUCUUAUAUCCUCUCGGACACUAAACUGGUGUCUAAUUCUACAAACACGACCCCGAUUUACUUGCCGAACAUGAUCGGGGUUAACAUACCGGAUCCGGGCGAUUGUCUUUUCAUGGGUGGGAGAAACAACGUCUUCAACUACGCUGCGUUGUUACUCUUUGAACUGGUUCUCUUCUGCUUGAUGUUGUUCAUUAGGUUCGGAAUGUACAAGAAUACUGUCGGACCACUCCAAAAAACAUUUUUCAAAGAUACGAUGAAAUAUAUGAUUUGCAUCAUGAUCAUGUCUUCAUUCAGUAUCCUCUUGACUAUGUUUCCUCCGGUUACAUGGGUUGCCAUCACAGAUUCUCCACAGAUCGUCAUUCACAGCGUCUUGGCCUCUCGGAUACUUUUCAACCUACGGGAAAGUGAAGGACACAUGGGAGCGCAACACACAUCGGCCGCGGCAGAAGUAUCUGAGAUUCAGUUCGCAGGAGGUCAGCUCUCGACGUCGAGAUCGGAGGUUUGA